GGAUGCGAUUGGUUGUCCCUUCAGCCGCGCAGUGUGCACGCACAAAACCCCCGAGAGCGCGCGCCAGACGCACACACUCCGCACACACUCCGCACAUCACCGAAGCGCCGGGCUUUCCCUUUUUCCUCUCAUGUGAUGAUCUCUUGUCGGAGACUUGAGCGCAUCUGAUUCAACAGCAUUGUGCGUUCGAAUAAAACUCGCCUCGGCGCCAUGGAUCGCCUGCUGCUGCUCCUUCUGGGAUGGAGCUGCGUGUGUUGUGGAUAUUGCGCCAUGCUGAAAGAUCACUUCGCAAGACUCACGAAGGAUUUUGGACACAAAGUGGACGCGGAUCAGUCGGAGCAGUCCGUGCAGGAUACAGUGUCUGAACACAUGCACAUGCUCUACAGCAAAUACACGAGCGCGAGCUUUGCGCUGCGGGACGGAAACACGGUGCGCAGCUUCAAAGCGCACCCGGGUACCAUCAACAGCAAGCGGUUUCAGAUCUUCAAUCUAACAUCCCUCACUAAUUCAGAGGACGUUCUCUCAGCAACGCUGCAUUAUCAUAUCGGAGACUUCCAGAACAGCAGCCAAAGAUGCUUAAAGUCCAAAACCUGUUCUCGUCACGGCCACAGGCGGCACGUUCACCACAUUCACCUCAGCAUCUGGAGCUUCGCCUUGGUCAACGACAGCGCCAGAACCCUCGGACACUUCCUCAUUAACGUCUCUACAACGUACAGAGACUUCGUAUCUUGGCAAUGGAGGGACAUCACUCAAGUAGUCAACGAAGCAAAGCAUCACGACGAGCUUCUCAUUGGCAUCUCCAUCAGUUCACAAGGAGAACAAUCAUGGAAGAAGGUCUUGUCCAACCAUUCACCCUAUAUUCUGGUUUAUGCCAAUGAUUCAGCCAUCUCAGAACCCGAAAGUGUGGUGUCCACUCUGCAGAGACACAAAGGGAGCUUAGUGCCUGGACUUCACAAACUCAGAAUACACAACCAAAAUAGUACUUUACCACACAGGACGAAGCGCUCCACUAAUAUCCUUCUACCACUGCAGAACAAUGAGCUCCCAGGUCCUGAAUACCCUUACGAGAUCCACACCUGGGACGAGACUAGCCCGUAUGACCCUGUUGAGAACAAGGCAGCCAAGCGCUCGCGCAAGAAACCUCGCAAGAACCCAAGAGACAAAAACCCACUUCUACAGUUUGAUGAGCAGACCAUAAAGAAAGCACGGAAGAAGCAGUGGAACGAGCCGAAGAACUGUGCUCGCAGAUAUCUCAAGGUGGACUUCGCCGAUAUUGGCUGGAGUGAAUGGAUUAUCUCACCAAAGUCUUUUGAUGCCUAUUACUGCUCAGGAUCCUGUCAGUUUCCGAUGCCAAAGUCGCUGAAACCUUCCAACCACGCCACCAUCCAGAGCAUCGUCCGAGCAGUCGGGGUCGUCCCUGGCAUCCCAGAGCCCUGCUGCGUCCCUGAAAAGAUGUCCUCACUCAGUAUCCUCUUCUUCGACGAGGACAAGAACGUGGUCCUGAAGGUCUACCCGAACAUGACAGUGGACUCCUGCGCCUGCCGAUAAUGUCUCGCUUUAUCCUUUCACACACCAGACUCUGCCUGAUCACCCGAUUUUCCUGUUUAUCCCAUUCCCAUUUUGCACUGGAUGAGAGACUACAUCCCUGUAGCUACAUGAAGAUGAUUCCGUUUGAUUUCAAAGGACAACUGAUAUUUGUUAAGCUUCAAGUCUGAAUGAACUGUCUGGAAGGAAACGGCAAAUUUUUUUGCAAAAUCGCCCACCCGAUUGAACACAGAGUCAUUCUAUGACAUGGCUGUUAUGAACUUUUGAAGAGACUUCUUUUCUUUUUGUGCGUCUGUCCUCUUUGGAUGCGUAGAUUAUUGUGUGUUGAGGAUGUAGGGAUGAACAAUAAUAUGAAUUUGUACAGGUUUUUUUUUUCCCUUUCACUAUUAAGCUGUUACUAUUAUGUCACAUUUACUAUACUCAUAAUCAAAUUACUGUUAACAUUCAUAUCUACUGCUGCUAUAUAAAAGAGAUAUAUAUUUUAUUCCAAUGCCAAAACGUUUUUGUUUUCUGAAUUCAGUAUGAUCUCGUACGAUACUCACAAGCUCUAGACUCUUCAACAAAGUACCAUAAAGCCGUAAUUUAGCAUAAGUAACUCGAAUAAAUAAAGUAAUCUUUGCUUUUAUUGAGAGAAUUUGUGCACAGACCACAGAAGCCACGUGUAGCUUGGUUUCAGUCUGAACUCCAGUGUACUUACUGACCAAGUGCCCUUGUUGACUUCAUAUUGCGCAAUUCCAUAUGAACGUUAAGGUUAUCGUGCUUUUUUUUUUUUGCAAAACCACAACCACUAUUUUGGCUCAGAACACAUUAAACGUAGCGAUUUAUCAAGGCAUCACAAUUUACCCAAGUUUCAGAAAAAUUCUUACAAGCAAACCUCUGUCUGUCACUAUUAUUGUAAACUUUGUGCCAAGAAAACAUUUUCAGGACAUUUUUGGACAGCCUUAUUUUCGCAUUGAGCAAUAAAGGUCACUCUGUUUUCCUUGAAAAUAAAUGUGGAAUAAACUCCAAUAUGCCAAGUCACCAAUGAUGAAGUAUACUCACGAUAAAGCAUGUGAAAAUAUAUCCAGGUCUACGUGUUUGUAUAUACGAUACGGUUCUCAAAAGUGCCUUCCAAAAAAGUUUUACAUUUGUCGAAAAUGAUGUUUCAGUUCAUUUUGUAUAUGUCUAUAAAUGUGACAAAAUAUUUGUUCGGUCAUUUUGUUUCCUUUCCUUUGACUUUUCAUAUUUACACACAACUAACGCUAGUCUCUUUUCCAAUGCAUGUUAAUAAAUGUGUGUUUUCAGGUUUGACAUUUUAUACACAUCCAACGUAUGCAGAUUAAAGAAAACUAUAUGUAAAAGUGAGCAAUUACCUUAAUAUAUAACACAAAAAAAUAGCAAAAAAAAAACAAAAAACAGAGCACUCCUUCAAUAUUUGUGUAAUAUAUUUUUACAGAAAGGCUUCUUAUAUACUAUACUAUGUAAUCUGUUGUGUAAAUGAUUAGGUGUAAGGUUGUGCUUGUAUAAUAAGCUUCAUAAGAAAUUAUAUUUGUAUAUGGAAAUGAGCUUUAAAUGCAUUUAUUUAUUUUGUGUAUGUUGCAUAUCUGGUCAGUUCUUCUUUUCGGGCAAGGAAAGCCUUCAGUGAGAUUGGGUUGGAGCCUUCACAUGAAUAAUGUAAAUGCGUUUCUAGUUGAGUUACUGACUGAAAGUUUGUUUCUAUUCAUUCACCCCACCUGUAAGAUCACUUUCUUUUGGACAGACCAUCAAUAAAGUUAUAUGUUCCACUGA